CUAGCAUUCUAUAAACACCACUGAGUUGGAUUGCUCAAGAUAAGAGCAGCAACCAAUAAGAGCACGAGGAACUUCCACGUGUCGCUAGACGGAAUCUUGUUUAGUAAAAAGCGCAGCAGAAGAAAAUCGAGAGUGGAGAGAAAUUAGAGAAGAAGAAGACGAGAGGUAGUAGUAGGCUGAAGAAGAAGACGAAGAAGAAAUUAUCAGUUUUGCUUCGAUGGCGAUGACAGUAGCAGCUUCGUCCUCAGUGGCAGUGAUGAUUCCACGUGCCCCCGCCGUCUCCGCCCGCUGCUCAGCCGUUCCUUACCUUCCUCCGCUUCCUUCUCGCUCCUUUGGCCGAUCCUCUUUCACUGUCCCGUUGAAGCUAGUUUCAGGGAAUGGUUUGCAGAAGGUUGAAUCGAUGAAGACGAGAGCUUCAUCAUCAGAAGAGACCUCAACGUCCAUUGACACCAACGAACUCAUCUCAGACUUGAAGGAAAAGUGGGAUGGUCUUGAGAACAAGUCGACUGUUAUUAUCUAUGGAGGAGGAGCCAUUGUUGCUGUUUGGUUAUCUUCCAUUGUUGUUGGAGCCAUCAACUCUGUUCCUCUGCUUCCGAAAGUUAUGGAGCUUGUCGGUCUCGGGUACACAGGAUGGUUCGUCUACAGAUACCUUCUCUUCAAGUCAAGCAGAAAGGAGUUGGCUGAGGAUAUUGAUUCCUUGAAGAAGAAGAUCGCAGGGACCGAAUAGAUUCAUUAAAACAAAACAAAAAACAGCUCUGUUUCUGGGGUUUUCAUGUAAUAUGAUUAUUAUACUCUGUUUCAACAAUAUAUCUUUUGCAGUCUGAAACUAUUGUCUUUAGAUCCAAGGGCAUUGAAACAAAUUUGUUUAAGGAAAGGCACAUACUUCAAAAUUGACCCCAUUUCUACAGACGAAGAUGGUAAAAAACAUGCAGUUUUACAUCAUAUGCUACUAGUGUAGAUAUCAUGGUUGCUUCAGAUGCACACAACCUAAGUACUUGUUGCUUCAGUUCUGUCUCUGGGGUUUUCAUGUAAUAUGAUUAUUAUACUCUGUUUCAACAAUGUAUCUUUACAUCCAGUAGCAUUGAAACAAAUUAGUUUUAAGGAAAGACACAUACUUCAAAA